AUGAACUCAUUGCAGGAAGAAAUUUUACGUAAGUGUGGAAAAAAAACAGAAGCUUUAAUUCUUCCUGAUGAAACGGAAAACGAUAAAGAACAUAAAGAAGAUUUAUUUGAGGAAGAUAUAGUCUCGAUAGAAAUCGAAAAAACUAAGAAAGACAAAUUACUAUUCGAAGAUGUAUUGGCUGAAAAACGCCGUAAAUAUACGACUAAACAAGAAUGGGACGGAUAUUUUUUGCAAAAAGAAUUUCCGAUAAGAUUGAAACAGAACGAUGCUGAAACUACAGAAAGAAAUAAAAAAAUUGAUGAUUACAAUAAAAAUGAUUAUUUGUUCAUGAAAAAACAAAAAGAAAAGAAUAAAAUAAUCAUUCCAUGGAAGCUUUCAUUACCGGAUGAAUUUGCAAACAUAAAGUUUUACAACAAUAAUUCUUAUUGCGGUCGUAUUAGCAGGAAAAUGAUGGAAGGUGAAGGAACCUAUACAUGGCAUAAUGGUGUUCAAUAUAAGGGCCAAUUCGAACAAAAUAAAAUUCAGGGAAAAGGUUCCCUGAAAUGGAACGAUAAUUGUUGGUAUGAAGGCGACUUUGUGGAUGGUCUUCGACAUGGUAAAGGCAUCCUGGUGGACAGAGCAAACAAUCGUAUAUACGUUGGUCAGUGGUGUAUGGGCCACAUGAACUGUGUCUAA